AUGCGGCGGCUGCGGUCGUACCCCGGCCUUGGCUCAGGAGAGUGGAAGACAUUGCUCACCGUACGCCCUUCUUCUUCGUCUCCGCGCCGCAUCAUUUUCGACUUGCUCCCCGCCGCCCCGCGCAAUUGGGGAGCCUUCAUGUUCGACUUGCUCCCCGCCGCCCCGCGCAAUUGGGGAGCCUUCAUGUUCGACUUGCUCCCCGCCGCCCCGCGCAAUUGGGGAGCCUUCAUGUUCGCCUUGCUCCCCGCCGCCCCGCGCAAUUGGGGAGCCUUCAUGCUCGACUUGCUCCCCGCCGCCCCGCGCAAUUGGGGAGCCUUCAUGCUCGACUUGCUCCCCGCCGCCCCGCGCAAUUGGGGAGCCUUCAUGCUCGCCUUGCUCCCCGCCGCCCCGCGCAAUUGGGGAGCCUUCAUGCUCGCCUUGCUCCCCGCCGCCCCGCGCAAUUGGGGAGCCUUCAUGCUCGACUUGCUCCCCGCCGCCCCGCGCAAUUGGGGAGCCUUCAUGCUCGACUUGCUCCCCGCCGCCCCGCGCAAGUGGGGAGCCUUCGUGUUCGACUUGCUCCCCGCCGCCCCGCGCAAUUGGGGAGCCUUCGUGUUCGACUUGCUCCCCGCCGCCCUGCGCAAUUGGGGAGCCUUCGUGUUCGACUUGCUCCCCGCCGCCCCGCGCAACUGGGGAGCCUUCGUGCUCGACAUGCUCCUCGCCACCCCGCGCCACUGGGGAAUCUUUGCGAUCUCCUUGCCUUCCCCCGCCCUGCGCGAUCGAGGGAUUUUCGCCGUCGCCGCUUGUGUUACCACCCCGCGCAACCAAGGAAUCGUCGUCAUCGCCGCGGUGCUUGCCUCCGCGCACUCCCACGCUUUGAGGCUGGCUCCACGCGUCCGCUGGUUCUUCGCGUUCUUCCUCCUCUUCCGCCUCGCUCGCCGAGUCCGGAUGCUCCAUCUCAACGUCGGCAUCGCGACGCCCACCGUUUCCUCCGCGCUGGCCUCUUGCCAGCAUAGAGCAGCAUGCAUUUGUGGCUACUGA